AUGCACGUCGUUUUAUACCUCGCAAUCCUCGGACUAGUACUUCUAUUGCGCAAACACAGUGAAGCAACGGUCUACGAACCUAAACAAGCCAGUUUGAUUUCCAGCAGCAGCCGACUGAGCACGGAACAUGGAGGCUUUUCAGGAUCUCGAUAUGACUUCAGUAGCGAAGACACACGUGCUACAUGGGAGGUUUACGCACCAGCAACUGGAGAAUAUAAGCUUACAAUCAAAUACAGAUCAAUUGACGACGCACAGCUGCAAGUAAUCUCCGGUGGUAUGCUUUUGAGCACAUUCCGUUGCCGCUCGACCAAAAGAUGGAGCAAGUGGAAGAUCGAAAAGGCAAAAUUCAAUCUUAGUCAAGGAAAUUAUAGCCUUAGCCUGGAGUCAUUGGAACAAGGAGGCCCAUGUGUGGACUGGGUAUCAUUGGGUCUCAAGAAAUCGGCUUAUACUGAGAAGCAACAGGAGGACAAGGAGCACAAGGAUGAACAGGAAAAGGAUAGGCAGAAGAAAUACAAAAUAAUUCCAAUUCCCUCUCCGUUUCCAUUUCCGACUGCACGCCUCACAGUGGGACCGAUUGCGGCCACGACACCAUCGCCAACAGAGCUAUCGACGUUGCCGCCACCAAGUGAAGCUCCAAUGCCAGCAAGAUCACCUCUCCCAACUGUGACUGCAACGAUCGAACACAUUUUAUAUCCCACCAGAGUACCCGCUAGUGUUCCUACCAUCAUUCCCACUAGGAAGCCUUCAUGGGACCACCAGAGAAUCAACGGGAAAAAAUUUGCUGUAGUUUUGCAAACGGAACUUCCUUCUCGGUGUCGCCAGGUCUCUAGAUGGCAAAUUGGGAAGAGGCUUGGUUGCACAGAAUAA